CGAACAAUAUUGCACAACUGGGAGAACGUGGACACCUCGUGGCCUCUCUCCGCCUCGGAACGCGCCGUACUGCUGCGUGACGUCAGUCCGGACUGAGCUGCGCCGGGACUCCAGCCUGCGAGCCGCCGCACAGGGCUAGUCCGGGCCUGGAGCGGGACAGCCCGUGCAACUGCCCAAUAACUGGGCCAAGCAGCUGCUUCUCAAGAGAUCGGAGGAGCAACGCGUGACUGGAGCCGUUUUCCACAGUGACGGCGGCGGCGGCGACACCGCUCUGGGAGCGCGGAGUGAGAGAGCUGCUGCAGAAGCGCACAGGAUGCAGAGAGAGCUCGUAGGGGGGCGGGGGUGAGAAAAAGACAAGAGCGCAGGCGGUUAGGGAGGGGAGGGCCGGCCGUAAGAACAGUGCUGUGUGACAUAGCAGCGCUGAUGAGAGAGGGAGAGAGAGAGGCGCGGGGAGGGGGGAGAGAGAGAGUGUGUGAGCGAGGUCUGUGCACGGGCAUCUAGCCUUGCAGAGAGAGCGACGACGGAGAGGGGGGAAGAGAACGAGGAAUCCGGAGAGGAAUAUUCAGGAGGGAGGAGGCGUAAAGGGAACCUAGAAACGCCUCUAUUAAGUGGUGCCUGAGGGGAGAUAUUACCGCCGCCAACAGGACCGGGUCUGCCGAUUCUGUGUCAGCCGCCGGCACUCCUGCUUACUACUUGUUUUCAUCCUCCUCCUCCUCCUCCUCAAUGAAGUCCGCUCCGUAAGCAGGACGUCUCCCCGUUACCUGGCCGCCCUGUGCCCGGCGGUGCGCCCAGGCGGCGCGAGCUCCCUGACGGGGGGCUGUGGCUGCGGCGCGCGGCAGACCGGCGGGCGGCAGCGGCUCCUCAUCCCCGGCGCGGGCGGAGGGCCGGGCCCCACUGCCCUGAGGAUAGCCGUGUCUGGAGAUACUGCAGCGCCCUCUACCUGCCACCACUCUUUGAUGAGAGGAGACUGAGGUUCCCAGCAGGCCCUGCUUCCAGCCUGUCAUCCACCAGUUCCCCUCCUCCCUCUCCUCCUCCUCCUCCCAGACCCUUCCCUGCUCCCCAAGCCCCUCCGGCCCGUGGGCGCCGCGGAGACAGGAUGCUGAGGGCCCCGCCCGGCACAGCCAGGCUCGCUCCUCCGCGGGGAUAACCGCCCUCCUCUCCUUAGCCGCCGAGAUGGGCGACCGGAGCUGGGUGUGCCUGAGCCCAGCCGAGUUCGCCCAGCUCCAGCAGUACACCGAGUAUUCCACAAAGAAGUUGAAAGAUGUUUUGGAGGAGUUCCACGACGAUGGAGUUCUGUCCAAAUACAACCCAGAGCAGAAGCAAGAUGUUCUCAACCAACCCAUUGACUAUGAGGGGUUCCAGCUCUUCAUGAAGACAUACCUGGAGAAUGACAUUCCCCAGGAGCUGUGCCAGCACCUCUUUACCUCCUUCAAGCGCAAGACUGCAGAGAACUCUCCCGAGCCGCCGAGGACUGGGGGCGGCUUACUGGGUAAGAACACCCCUGUCCCCUCUGCUGACCUCACACUGCCUCACUGCUGCCCCCUGCUGGCAGAGCUCUUUCACAAAACCAAGGAAGACGCUGAGCCUCCAUAUAAUCCCGAACAACAGGCCUUUGGCAUUCUGCUCUUAUGGGGGCACGAGAGACUGAACUUCUUCCACGAUGUCCCUGAUUUCCGGGUGCUGGCGUGCGGAGGAGACGGGACAGUGGGCUGGAUCUUGGACUGCAUCGACAAGGCCAACUACACCAGGCAUCCUCCUGUGGCAGUACUGCCCCUGGGUACGGGCAAUGACCUGGCACGCUGCCUGCGCUGGGGCGGAGGCUACGAGGGAGGGAACCUGAUGAAGUUCCUGCGGGACAUUGAGCACAGCACGGAGGUGGUCCUGGACCGCUGGAGCAUCGACGUCAUCCCCAACAACAAGGAGGAGAAGGGCGACCCCGUCCCCUACAGCAUUGUCAACAACUACUUCUCCAUCGGCGUGGACGCCUCCAUCGCACACCGCUUCCACCUGAUGAGGGAGAAGCACCCGGAGAAGUUCAACAGCAGGAUGAAGAACAAGCUGUGGUACUUCGAGUUCGGCACGACGGAGACCAUCUCUGCCACCUGCAAGAAGCUGAACGAGAGCCUGGAGGUGGAGUGUGAUGGCAUUAUCCUGGACCUCAGCAGCACGUCUCUGGAGGGCAUCGCUGUCCUCAACAUUCCCAGCAUGCAUGGCGGCUCCAACUUGUGGGGCGAAACCAAAAAGAGGCGGAACUACAACCGCAUGAGCAAGAAGGUGCCAGAGAGGGCGCCAGUGAGCACUGUCACAGAUGCCAAGGAGCUCAAAUUCUGCGUGCAGGACCUGAGUGACCAGCUGCUGGAGGUGGUGGGUCUGGAGGGCGCAAUCGAGAUGGGCCAGAUCUACACGGGGCUGAAGAGCGCGGGCCGGCGGCUAGCCCAGUGCGCCAGCGUCACGAUAAGGACGUCCCGACUGAUGCCCAUGCAGAUCGACGGAGAGCCCUGGAUGCAGCCCCCCUGCACGAUCAAGAUCACGCACAAGAACCAGGUGCCGAUGUUGCUUGGACCACCCCAGAAAACCCCCUUCUUCUUCUUCAAGAGGAGGAACAGGAGCCGGGACUAGUGGGGAGAAGAGGACAUCGCUCGGCCGCCCCCCCCCCCAAGUCACUGGGGAGGUCAAGGUGGAGGCUGGAGGAGGGGAGGGGGUGGUUGGGGAAAGAAGGAAAUUGCUGCAGCAGAGGCGGAACCAUUUUGGGGGACAGACGAGCACCCCCCCCCCAUCCCAACCUCCAGAGUAUCAAAGCAGCCCCAUUGCCAGACACACGAUGGAGACUGCUCUCACCAGCCACCCCUGAUCCCCACACACAUGAAGGAGACGACACCGGUGGAUUCCCGGUGUCCCAGGCCCUCAGGCCCCCCCCGGUUUGCCACACCUCUGAUGGCACUCAAACCCGCCCCCUCACCUCCCAGCCAAACCCCAUCAGCUGGGUGACGCCACGUGCGUGCUCUCUCCCCGUCCUCUGUGCCAAACGGAAACCCGCGAAGGCACCUCGAGCGUGCGUCCUCCAGUCCGGCUGGGGUAAAUGUGUCCGGAUUGGACUCGCAACUGAUUUUGCCCAGGUCUGAUCCGCUGUCGGAGUGGAACCCGGAGAUCCCACUGGGCACAGCAUCAGGGUGGGGGGGAGCUGGAGCGCCAGAGGUGCUGGGACAGAGCAUCGGGAGGAGAGACAGGGGAGAGAAAGAGCGAGUGAGGGAGAGAUCUGCCCUCGCCGAUGCCAUUGUGGCGCAGGGAGGGGUGUGAGUGGAGGGCUGGUCUGACCAGUCUAACGAGACAGGGUAACAAGCUUGCCUUUUUGAAGAAACAAUAAAUAAUGAAUCAGUAGAUGCUUUGUAUUUAUUCCCGUCCCUCUCCAGAGCCCUUGUAAACUCCAGAACCAAAACACAGCAGGAAGAAAAACAAACAUCAAUUAUUUAAUGUGGGGGGGUGGGGGGAGAGGGGGAGACAGACAGCCGCAUGCAAGUAGGUUUCAUUAAAAUAUUUGUUUAUAUAAUCAGUUGCCUGUCUGAUGUUAACCCAUUGUGGGUCACGCUGAGAAUAGUCUAAAGUAACACCUGUUACUUACUCCUGCUCUCAGAUUCCCCUCUCCUGAGGCCUAGCAAACAUCUGGAAGGUUAGUGGCUCACAUGCUCUGGAUAGAGCACUGUUAAUCCCAGUGUACUGACAUCUCUGACAUCAAGUGUCAGAGAAUUACCAUUUUCUAUCAUUUGAUUUCCUAGUCCAGCUUUUAAAACAGUUAUCCAAAGCCCUAGCUACACUCACAGUCCAUCAGUGGACUGGAAAAUCUCAUUCCCACUUUAAAGUUCUUUUGCUGGAGGAAGACUGAGUGCAUAUGAAACCGGACAGGCACUGGCCUGUAGUUCUGUCUCCCAAGGAUUAACCUGCUUUUUUCUCAUGUUCUACUUACACAGAGGAUGUUAGCAGGUCUUCCACCCCCACCCCCUCCCCCCAGGUGAAGAGAAACUUAAAACAGCCACAGGAUUUAAUGAAAGUCUUUCCCUUGAGCUGAACCUCUCUGCAGCGGAGCACAGUGGGAGAACAUCCCGCUGCAGAUCAUUGCCCGAGCUAGACGAAGAGGAGAUCGGGGCAGGAAACAGCGAGCCUUGGUGGGCUUGUCAGGAUCAGCUGAGGAGACAGGGAGCUGAAGGUGGUGUUAUUGUACAACAUAUCUGACUAAACCUCCGGGCUUGGUCAUGCGUAACAACUUGGCUCUUUCGGAAACAGGAAUCUGUCCUAAGAAAUGACCUCAAAAUAGGCAGGACCUCAGUCCAACGUCUUUCAGAAGAAGGCCCCUACUGUGGCCGAUUACUACAACAGGAUCUCAGCUUGGACUGUGUGAUCCAGAGCUCGUCUGGUCCCGCUUCUUGUUCAGCUGAGCAGAACGAUGACGAAUGAAGCGUGCAUGUUUUAUGCAAUUGUUGAUGCAGCCGGGACAUUCUUCUAAUUUCACUACCACACAGAAGACCUACCACACUUUGGAAUCAACGGGUAUUCACUAACUGUACUGAAGGCACUAUCAAGCCUUUCAGAGAAGCCGUGCAACCUCAGAUACCAUGUGGCUCCAGUGUAGCUCGAUCACGCUGGAUAAGACAAUGUCGCAAGGAGUAUUUGUCACUGUGGCGAAUGCAGUCACCAGGGGCAGGCACAGGCAGCUGGAAGGUCACACAGGAGUCUAAAAAAUUACCCACUGUGCAGCUUUUGACCUGCCGAGAGCCACCAGUGAGGAGAUAUGAUAUCAGUUUGAAAUAAUGAUCAGUGUUAAAAAAAAGUGCUCAAGAUGAUCUAUGUAUGCUGUACAAAUGUAUACGCCUUGUGUUUGUGAGUACAUGUAGCAUUAGGUACAAUUAGAAGGUACCAUGGUCUGAGGAAGCAUGGAUAGUUCUAGCCUUAGAAAGGAGGGAGCAGAGCUUGCUGAGGUUCUGCAAACCCCUCCUGUUUCCACUGCCAGCCCCUGCCCUCUCUUCCUCUCUCUGCCCUGGCACUCACCCCCUCCCCUGGGAACCGGUCAGCUCGCUGGGCACCUCAGCUCGACGUCGUGCUGCCCCUCAGCGCCGCCCCCAGCCCCGCGCCCCCGGGAACUCGCUCCUGAUUCCUUUGAACCGCACUGAACGGAGAGGACACACAACCUGGGCCGGAGCCCUGGCUCAAGGAGUAGAGUGCAUGUUUACAAAGCCUUGAAUUUACUGCUAAUUAACAAGAUAACGAUAAUCAGCAUCGUCUAGUCAUACCACAGCAUGCCUGCCCUGCACGGGCCGUGAUGAAUCUGCAGACCACCCUAGUCACUGCAUCCCAAGUGCGGCAUGAAUACCACUCCUGUUUUAAACGAGUAGAUCCCCCCCGGAUGGGUAUACAAUUAUGCAACUUAUAACUCCUGCAUUGUGAUUUAUUUAUUGAUGGAUUUAUUUAUUGCUCUUUCACCCUUUUUAUGUUAGGUUGUAGCUUGGCAUUUGAGGACCUGCAAUUUGACUCCCAGCAGCAUGCGGAUCAGUGCACGUUCAGCCCACUGUAGACAGCAGCACUGGAAACAGAGCCCGGUUCUGUGCAGGACUCUUGUGAGACGGGGGGGCUGACGCAGCACAGGGAAAGGGCUCCACGCCCCUUUGAGCCCCCUCACCAUGUGGGACCGCUCAGCCAUCGUGUGCCUGUGCGUUCCCCCGGCUCCUGCCAGCGUCCCUGCUCGCGCUGUGGUCGUCACCGUCGUUGUUGUGAAUUAUCAAUAGCCUUAAGACUCCAGCCCUGCCUGGAGACAACAGAACACGUGCAAUACAAUCCACUGAACGUUCAACCAAAAAACAACACGAGAGCAGGUGCACAAGCCAGCCCUCGGAGUCACGUCGGGCCGCACUGUCAGGGCUGUGGCACUGCCCAGAGGUCCUGCCCCUUUUCUUUCGCAAUAAGGCCCAGCUGCCCCGCCCCAGCCACCCCCCCGCUGCCUGAGCAGUUCCGGUAUCUGCUCUGGUGUCGGAGCAGGGGAGGCAGGGUCCUGGUGUUCAUGUGGAGUCCUGUCUGCGUCACACAGUUCCUCCUGUGCAAACCCUGACACCUGCACCGCGCAUCCACAGGGCAGAGGCGGCUACAGGACGUUGACCGCAGUCCUGCCGCUCCGUAGCCUUCAAUGACUUGUCAUGAGUCCCCUGUCCGCUGCAGGCGUUCUGUAGCCCAUCGCCGUUUUCCCGGUUCAGCCCGAUGAGGACGUUCUUGACCUCUGCACUAAGAGCUCCUGCAGUGGUGCUAAACUGUGCUGCUUCUGGAUUGCCCAUGCUCUGACAGAGAGGGGGUGGGAGUGUGGAACAAGCUACUCAGUCAUGCUGUUAAACCUGAUACCCUGGCUUCCUUUAAGAAACAGCUGGAGGGGAUCCUCAGAUCAAUUAUUCACUAACUACCAAACAGGCUAGGUGGGCUAGAUGGCCUCCUUUCAAUUGUACCCACUCUGGUUUCUAGAUAGCGACACUAAGGGACCCUUAGAGAGCAAAAACAAACUAGCUGGUCCCAAACACUGACUUGUGCUUUGUUCAGUGCUUGAAAUCCAGCCCUUGAUACUUUCUUCUAGUUUUGAGCAUUUUAAGCCAGGAACACUUCCUGCUCAAUUAUGCAUACUACCGUGCAUGACCUCCCUUUGCUGUUUAUCACAGGUCUGGCGAACCCCAAAGGCAUUCGCUCUCAAUUUGCGUUGUUUGUACACUGCUACGAUGGGUAACUUGCUCCUAACAGCUCCUGUAAGUGCUCCAGACGUGCAGAAGCAGUGCGGUUUACUAUCCCACAGUGGUGCAGAAGAAUUUCAAGCAAGGGGCGAAUGAGACUUUGAAGCAAAUUCAGUGAUAGGAGUAGCUGGGUCCAUAUCAUUCCUGAAUGUAGAAUGUAAUAUUGUACAUGUGUGUUAAAACAGCCUCCACCGUUCAGGUAGUGUGGUUUAUAGCUGUUUGCCUGUGUUGCAGUCAGGGACAGGGACAGAGGGCAGUUUUCCUCAUUGAGUUUUAACAAUGCAUAGGAUCUGCUUAACUCUGUACACCUCUCCUUAUGUUAGCUGUUGGCAUCCACUUCGUUUUAGAACAAAAUAAAAAGACGGAUGAACAUCA